GAGCUGGGAGGUUGUAUGUCCAGCUGACUGAUAGGAUCCUGCUGUCCCUGCCAUUAUUAUCUGCAGAGCUGCCUUCCUGUCAUUCCGCCUGAGUGCCCUGUUAUCCCGAGCAAACAGCUGCUUUGUAGCAGCCACAACGAGCCUAAUAAGGAAUUGCAUUUGCCAAGCAGUUGGUGCCCCCUUAUCUAGAAAGAAGCGGCACCUGUAUCUUCCCCCAGUGUCUCUGCGUUGGAUUGACAGUCGCAUGGUCUAUUUCUGUUGCUGUUCAGUCGCACGGUAGACAGUCGCUGACUCACACACACACACGAGGCUCCAGGUAUUUGCUGCCAUGAAAGCUGUCAGUCCAGUGCGCCCGCAGAGUCGGAAAGCCCAAGUGCCGUCUGUGUGCGGGGAGCUGGCGCUGCAUUGCCUGUCUGAGCACAGCCUCGGGGUAGCUCGCUACAAGAUGGAAGAAGAGGAGACCCUGUGCCUGCAGUAUGAUAUGAAUGACUGUUACAGCCGGCUCAAGAGACUCGUGCCCACCAUUCCACCCAACAAGAAAGUCAGCAAAGUGGAAAUCCUGCAGCAUGUUAUUGACUAUAUCUUGGAUCUGCAGUUGGCGCUAGACACGCACCCAGUGCUGCUCAGGCAACAGCCACCAACCAGGACCCCUCUUACGGACCUCAAUACUGACCCGGCUGCCUUAGUGGUGAACAAGCAAGGAGACAGUAUAUUGUGCCGUUGAACCAUUUUUGAGGUGUGCAGCAGGCGAAUCCAGAGCCAGAAGAGGAGAGAGACAAAUUAGAGAAAUAAGGGAGGGGAAGGAAAAGCAGACAAAAGAGGGGAAAAAAAGCAACGUACACAUCACUUUCUUACACCACGAAGAAUAUAUUCCUAUGCCAUUCGCUCAUACCACUGAACACUUUCCCUCUUAUUUUAUUUUUCGUUGUUGUGGAGAAUUAUGGAAAUGCGGAAGAGUUACAUAUACAAUGUACAUGGGGGGGGGGCAGUUUAGAGGGCUAAAGAGAGAAGAAAAUGCUGUAAUAUGAAGAACUGAAUAUUGAAGCUUUACUAAUAUACCAGAGCUUUGUAGAUACAAUUUUUUUACAUCUAUUGUUUAAAAUAGAUGAUUUUAUUGGUUCAGGGAAUUUUUCUUCCCUGCAGGAAUGUUGCAUAAUGUAUAGAGAAAUCCGAGUGACAUUUCAUACUAUGUAUAUAGAGAGAUGUUCUAUAAGUGUAAGUGAUAAAGUAUAUGCUUUAAUAGACUACUGUAAUUAUGAAGUAUUUUUAAUUAAAUAUUUUGUGUAAAUAUAAAUUUGUGUUUUUUUUUUUUAAUCUCCUGGGGGUUCCAUUCCUAUUUGGAUAAGAAAAUAUACAGCGAUCUAUCAAGAAUUUGUUAAAACCAGUCAUUUGCUGUCGAUGCCCUUCCACCCAGUAAUAAAGAGAGUUUGUUUCAUUUUCUUUUUUUAUCUUUCUCAUUAACCCUCAUCUUUGCAUGAUUGCAUGGUGCAUUUUAAUUGGGCUUUUAAUUGUCCACCUUGGCACAUUACACAUUUAUUCCCGGAAGUGCAGUUUCAUAAAAAAAAGUAUAUGUAAUUGGAUUGUGUUGCGGAAGCAUUUUUCAAAAUCUAAAGGUUACACAGUUUUGAGGUGCAGUUAUGAUGUGUUUCCGGAAACCCAUUAUCUGUAAAGGUCAGCUAAUGUUUCAUUUUUUUAAUGAUUUAUAUUUUCUCUAAUAAUACUUGUACUUUAAUAAUAAUAAUUUAAAUAAUACUUUUUGUACUUUGUACUUGAUGCUUACAAUGCAAGCAUAAAAGCAUGAUAAAGGUACAACAAUCCAAAUAGGGUUUUUUUUCAUGUAGUAGUAGCUUUCCGGGAACAUGAUCCUUCUCAUAACAUAAAGAUCCCUUAUCUUGAAUAUCGAACAUCCUAAGCAUUGUACCCAAUCCCAUACAUAUACUUUACCCUUUCCAGGUGUAAAUGUAUCAGUGGAUUUUAAAUGUAGGAAAAGGAAGUACCCCCUUUCUAAUCUGUAUGGUUGUCGUUCUUUUCUUGAUGGCUUUAUUACCACCAAAUAUCCUUUUACUCUAAAUUAAAAUACUUUGCAUUGUCUGAAACUAAAUAAGCGGCUCAACCAUUGUUCAGCGUAUUCAGAGUAAUUCAGUGUAUAAGCCUGAUGGUCUGUCGUCAUUUUGAAAAAGACUAACUCUGUCUUGAAUUUUCCCAAUUUUUCCUAUACACAGGUAUUGCAUGGUCUAUAUGAAAUUCAUGGGACUUGUGUUAGUUUUUGAAUAUAAGGUUUUUCCAUAAUGCAAAGCAUAUACAUUAAAGCCACUAACUAAUCCAUAGGAUUGUUUUGCUACCCACAUGAAUUGAUAUUAAUUUAGUUAAGUACAAGGUAAUGUCUAGUUCUGAGAAGAUGCUAAGAACUCAAAAUUGUUUAAAUAAGAAACUGUGGAAAUAACAGAGCCCUUACCUGUUUCAAAAUUCUAGCAUAUGAUCACUCUUUGUAUUUUAACAGGUCUGGUAUAAAAAAGAUUGUUAAAAUAAAUCAUUUACUGUCACCCAGUUCUAUUGCUGCAAAAACCUGUUUCUUGGUCUGAUCCACUGGCAUCCCUUGUGUCUCUCUUAGCCAUGUAUAGGAAUCUAAUUUUUGUUUAGACACUUGAAUAAUAUCUCCCUCCCAUUUGCAGACUGUUGGUUAAAAAUAAAAGGUACUAUUAAGAUGAAAUAGUAGGGGGGGUUCUAAACAUCAUCACUAACUUAAUAACUGUUUUGCAAUCAUGUUAGAGUCAGUGACUACUGUUAUCUCAUGCACUUUGACAUAUGAGUAUUAAAAUUACAUUUUUACUUGC